AUGGAGACUACUAGCAAGAUUAUCAGAAGUUCUAUCUACAUAUUUCUUUCCAACUACCAUUACUUCACCAUCUCAGCAAUUCUUGCCUUGCCAUUUUCGGCUUCAGUACUCCUAUCGCAGGCACUUGUACCUUCUUCUACUCUUCUUCCACCGAUACAAAUUAGGCUGCAGGCUCUUCUUAAUGCAGCAGGCUUACCAUCAUCGUCGGAAAUCUUCAACAUUUUCAGCUUAAAGCUCUCACAAACCAUCACUUCUACGGUUUUAGUUCUGCCUUUUACCUUUUCUUUUCUCAUCCUCGCGAAGGCUUCUGUAAUCAAGGCUCUCUCACAACAAAAACCAUCUCAAAUAAAAAUCUUUUCCUUCAUUUCCAUUCUUAGCCCUAUUUUCUCUACACAAAUCUGGACCUCAUUACUAAUUCUCUCUGCGAACGCUACUUCAUUCUCAAUCCUAACCAUUGCAUACAAUUUUCUUGAUGUGUACAAAUUAUUGUCAACUUCUACAUCAAUUGUCCUUUUUUCUGCAGCUGCAGCUAUUCUUUACUCUAUAAUUCUUGCUAAUGCAUUCGUUAUUAGCAAUCUGGCCGUGGUUUUAUCAGGAAUGGAAGCGAAAGGAGGGUGUAUCUCAUUACUCAAGGCUUGUGUUCUGAUCAAAGGAAGAAACUCGAAAGCUAUAUCAUUAGCACUGCCUCUUAAUUUGGCCUUAGCCGCAAUUGAGGCUCUGUUUCAAUAUCGUGCUGUGGCAGUCCUUUCUUCCAAUGGAUUUCCAAAUUUUUCGAUGACUCUAGAGUGCAUUGUCAUUGCCUAUUUAUACUCCAUCUUCAUCGUUCUUGAUACAAUCAUCAGUUGCAUGUUUUUCAGAAGCUGCAGAACAGCUUUUUUGGUCGAAGAUCAGAACAGAUACUCCCACUGCAUUGAUAUUUCAAAAUACAAUCAAGAUCACAUCAUUUCUUGUGCAAAAUUGAAGAGUAUAGAAGAGCUUCCUUAG